UCAUCAUUAUCAUGCUUCAUGCAUCGAUAUAAUAAUUAUUAAUAUAUAAGAUUUUUCUUAGAGAAGUGGAGUUUGAGAUAUAAAAGAAGCAUAAGAGAAUGUAGAGAGAGGAUAGGGCAAAAUAUAUAUCCUCUCUUGUGAAUUUGGAAGAAAGAAAAUGGUGGAUUCAGGGAUGAUUGAAGAUGUGAUUAUAAUUGGAGGGUUAAUUGCUGUACAAUUUUUUUAUGCUGGAAAUGCUAUGCUCAUGAGUUAUCUUAUGUCUUUGGGUCUUCAAUCUUAUACCAUUGUCAUUUUCACUGCCUUUGCUACAUUUAUUCUUCUCCUUCCCUUUGUUCUUUAUUAUGAAAGGAGUAAAUGGCCUAAGAAAAUUAGUUUCAAGUUGUUUUCAAAGUUUAUUCUUCUUGCUCUUGGAGGUGUAACUUUGUUCCAGUCUUUAUUCCUUAAAGGAAUCAACCUAACCUCAGCAGCAAUGGGAACAGCCAUGCCAAACCUUGCCCCGGGGUUUAUCUUCAUCAUCGCAUGGAUUUUUCGGUUGGAAAAAGUAAACUUAAAGUGCACAUUUAGUAGAGUAAAAAUAAUUGGCACAUUGCUUUGUGUCUUAGGAGCACUCACAAUGAGCUUAAUGCAAAGUAUCUCAACUCCUAUAUCAAUGGAAAAGUUAACUAUUCCACCACCAUCACUUGUAAUGUUUGACAGAGACAAGAUUAUUGGUUGCCUAUAUCUCUUGGUUUCAAUCCUCCUUCUCUCAAGUACAGUUGUCUUACAGGCAUUUACUUUAGGAGAAUUCCCCGCACCUAUGACAUUGUGUGCGAUAACAUCAUUUUUGGGGGGUGUGAUUACAACGGCAACUCAAUUAAUUGAAUAUCAUGAAAUCAAAACUGGGUGGCCAUUAGUUAGUGUUGGUGACAUGAUUGCCUAUUCUGUUCUGUCAGGUGCAGUAACUGGAAUAUGCUUAAGCACCAGUGCUUGGGCUCUUGAGAAGAGAGGACCAGUUUUGGUAUCCAUGUUCAGUCCUGUUGGCACUGUUUGCUCUGUCAUUUUCUCUAUUGUUACUUUACAAGAUAGUACUGUUAAUAUUGGAAGCAUAGCAGGGAUGUUCCUCAUGUUCACUGGACUCUACUUUGUGCUUUGGGCCAAAGGGAAAGAGGAUUGCUUAGAGAGUGAGUAUGAUGCAGAGAAGCCUCUCUUAAGUUGAUUUAUAUUUUCCAAAUGAAUGUCAAAACAAAUAGUGUGUAAAUUAUGUGUAUGCUUUGAUAAGUUAGUGUGUAAUUGUUAACUAUAGGUUUUGAGAUCGAGUAAUGUACUAUAUAGGGGAAGUUUUUUUUUUAGGCAAGGAUAUUAAUUAGUUAUGAACUAUAGGUUUUGGGAUAGAGUGAUGUAUUAUAUCAUAAUUUCUAACUAAGAGUGCAUGAUGCACAUUCAGGUAGAAAACAACUGGGUCAUAGUAGCUGAGUUAUCACAA